UGACAGCCUUGGCCUCCCAAAGUGCUGGGAUUACAGUAGUGAGCCACCGCGCCCGGCCUGGGUAAGAUUGUUAAAGGGAAAUCUAUGCCUGGACACAGAGUGGUGGGAUCAGACAGGGCACUAGGGACAGAGACUUUUACAGCUGCCAUAAGAAAAGGCAGACGAGCAGCAGUUCAUGCAGCUGUGGAAUUCUCAAUGAGAACCAGAGGACAGCAGAAUCAUGCCUUUAAAGCAUGGCCAGAAUACAAAUGUUGACCUCGAAAUGCUGCCCCAGCUAAACCAACGUCCAGCAACGGCCCAAGAAACAAGACAGAAACUGCUUUCCACCAACGGGUUCCCACUGUGAAGGGGUCUUUGGACUGCCAAAGGGUGCACGCUAGGGUGAAGUGGGCAGAGGGUGCCCCCAGAAAAGACACACAUCUGAGAUGUCAGGGGACUUGGGGAGCAAAGAAUUAGAUGGGUAAAGUUGGGCAAAUAUGUAAAAUAGUGGUAAUAAAGGGUUCACUUUGGCCGGUUAUAGACAACGUGAGCCCUGUUCACCCCCAUCUAGAGCCCCCCCGCGCAGCGGGAGGGGUCCCUCGGCCCAGAAAGUCGUGGCUCCCGUGAGCCCUCGCGCUGGCGGCCGGUGCGCAGGCGCCCACGCGUGUACGGUAGGUUCUGGAACGCGGCCGCAGAGGGGUCUGGCGCCAUGUUGGGACUGAGGGGAAGGAAGAGAAGCUCCUGAAGCGGCGGGCGCGCAGCGGGAGCGGGAGUGGGGUCGGACCAGGGCAGCUAGAAGCCCUGCCCUUCCCUCCUCAGAGGAUCAUGACCCGGGCGGCGGCCGCGAAGGUCGCGGUGGUGGGGGACGUGCCCUGGAGGGGCGGGUGCUGAAAGGUGAUGCCGUUUCCGGUGACAACCCAGGGACCACCGCAGCAGGCGCCGCCGCCGAAGUGCUACGGCAUCUCCUCGCCUAUCAGCCUAGCGGUCCCCAAGGAGACGGACUGCCUUCUCACCCAGAGGCUAAUAGAAACCCUCAGGCCCUUCGGGGUCUUCGAAGAGGAAGAGGAACUGCAGCGCAGGAUUUUAGUUUUGGAAAAAUUAAAUAAUCUGGUAAAGGAAUGGAUACGCGAAAUCAGUGAAAGCAAGAGCCUUCCCCAGUCUGUAAUUGAAAACGUUGGCGGAAAGAUUUUUACGUUUGGCUCUUACAGAUUAGGAGUACAUACGAAAGGUGCAGAUAUUGACGCCUUGUGCGUUGCACCAAGGCAUGUGGAUCGAAGCGACUUUUUCACCUCAUUCUAUGUUAAACUGAAACUACAGGAGGAAGUAAAAGAUUUAAGGGCUGUUGAGGAGGCAUUUGUGCCAGUUAUCAAACUCUGUUUUGAUGGGAUAGAGAUUGAUAUUUUAUUUGCAAGAUUAGCACUACAGACUAUUCCAGAAGAUUUGGACCUAAGAGAUGACAGUCUGCUUAAAAAUUUAGACAUUAGAUGCAUAAGAAGCCUUAACGGUUGCCGGGUAACCGAUGAAAUUUUACAUCUAGUGCCAAACAUUGACAACUUCAGGUUGACUCUAAGAGCCAUCAAACUGUGGGCCAAGUGCCACAAUAUCUAUUCCAAUAUAUUAGGUUUCCUCGGAGGUGUUUCCUGGGCCAUGCUGGUAGCAAGAACUUGUCAGCUUUAUCCAAAUGCAGUAGCGUCAACUCUCGUGCGGAAAUUCUUCUUGGUAUUUUCGGAAUGGGAAUGGCCAAACCCAGUGUUACUGAAAGAGCCUGAAGAACGGAAUCUUAAUUUGCCUGUAUGGGACCCAAGAGUAAAUCCCAGUGAUAGGUACCAUCUUAUGCCCAUCAUCACACCAGCAUACCCACAGCAGAACUCCACAUACAACGUGUCUGUUUCAACCAGGAUGGUCAUGAUUGAGGAGUUUAAACAGGGACUUGCUAUCACACACGAGAUUUUGCUGAGUAAGGCUGAGUGGUCCAAACUCUUUGAAGCUCCAAGCUUCUUUCAGAAGUACAAGCAUUAUAUUGUACUUCUGGCAAGUGCACCAACAGAAAAACAGCAUUUAGAAUGGGUGGGCUUGGUGGAAUCAAAGAUCCGAAUCCUGGUUGGGAGCUUAGAGAAGAAUGAAUUUAUUACACUGGCACAUGUGAAUCCACAGUCAUUUCCAGCACCCAAAGAAAAUCCUGAUAUGGAAGAAUUUCGUACAAUGUGGGUGAUUGGGUUAGUGCUAAAAAAGCCAGAAAACUCUGAAAUUCUCAGUAUUGAUCUCACCUAUGAUAUCCAGUCUUUCACAGAUACUGUUUAUAGGCAAGCAAUGAAUAGUAAGAUGUUUGAGAUGGGUAUGAAAAUUACUGCAAUGCAUUUAAGAAGAAAGGAGCUUCACCAGCUGCUGCCUCAUCAUGUGCUUCAGGACAAGAAAGCACACGCAACGGAAGGUAGAAGAUUGACAGAUCUGAACGACAGCAGCUUUGACUUGUCUGCAGGCUGUGAAAACAGCAUGUCUGUGCCUUCAUCUACUAGCACUAUGAAGACAGGCCCAUUGAUUAGCAGUUCUCAGGGUAGAAAUAGUCCUGCCCUGGCUGUAAUGACAGCAUCGAUGGCUAAUGUACAGGCUACUGAAAUUUCCUUGCAACAGAUGAAUACCAAUGAAAGUUCAGGGGUUGCAUUAAAUGAAAGUAUUCCUCACGCUGUCUCUCAACCUGCCAUUUCUCCAUCACCAAAGGCCAUGGUUGCCAGAGUUGUUUCUUCGACAUGUCUCAUAAGCCAUCCAGACCUUCAGGAAACGCAGCAACAAACAUAUCUAAUCCUAUAGUUGGAGUCUAGAGGAUAUUCUUGCCUCAUAAAGAAGAAAGGACCAAGAAAAGCAAAACAGAAGAGGAGAAACUCAAUACAAAGACAAGUACAACUCCAUUAGAAAAAUUCAGACAGCAUCUUCUCUGUUGGCCUCUCAGGUAACAUCAGUAUAGGUCUUUCCAGUAUCCCCAUUCUCCCUGCAAAUCCAGUUCCUGUUAUCAAGAAUUCAGUAAAAAAGGUUGAAUGGUUAAAAACAACGUCAAGGGUCCAUGAACAAUAUCUGCCAACUCAACCUGUUGUCUUCAAAUACUAAAGAAGGAGAAUGAAGGGUACAGGACUUGAUAUGACUUGAAAUAGAUUGAGGCUUAUUUGGUAACUUCCUUUAUUGGGCCAGUCUUGAUCAGAAGUCCACAUUAGUAUGUGACAGCUAGAGGUACUGUUAUUAAUGUGUCAGCAACAGUUACAUUAACUAUUUCAAAGGACUACUGCCCUUAAAAAGAAAAAAACCUUUCAGCUAUAUUUGUACCCGUGACUGACAUCUGGACUGGAUUUAUGUUUGAUGAUUUGUUGGGAAAAUUUGCAAUACAAACUGGUAUCAGAAUUCCUUAUACUGAUGAUGCACUUUAUAUUUUUUAUUAGAAAGUAGAACUAAUUUUAGAUUUUCCAAAUUGGUGAAUUUUAUUUUUCCCUGAAGAGGUUUGUUCACUAUUAAUCUUAAAAUUGGAUAACAUUGUGCAGUGGUGUACUAUACUUCAGAGAAAGCAUAAAAGUACAUCUACCUCAGUCCCUAUGAGGUAGCUGUAACCCUUUAAAAUGAAAUGUCAACUUUAAGGUAUGUAUUUGACAUCAAAACAAUCAUUAGUAGGUCUUCGAUUUUGAUGGCACACUAGGGAGAAAGGACACACUGGUUUCAUCCGUAGAACUGUUUUAGAGAGUAAUCAGCGAUCAAACAUUUUCUUUGAACUGACAAAGCUCCAUGUUCUCUUUUCCUCAAUCAUUAGUCCUAAAACAAAAAAGCUUUUUGCCUCCCCCUCUUCUCUUUGCUUUUAUGGCCACAGUAUGCUUAUGUGUCAUUUCACAAGAAAAAAAGAAUAAUAUUCUCUAGACCAUGAUGUGAAACCGACAAUCCUGUGGCCACAUGGCACAAACACCAAAUAUUGGUUACAAUGAAACACCAAAUUUUAGCAAAACUUUACUAAAUGUAAUGUCUGUGAGAUAUGUUUCUGAUUUGGAUGACCAUUUGAUCACUUCAUAUGAGAAGUUUUGUACAUUCCACAGAAUACCUCCUUAUGGGAAAGUUAAUUUCCAAUUG